CUGCGUUUGAGCUUUGUAUAUCGUCUUUCCUCUUACUCUAUCGGUCUACGCGGGUUGUGGUCUCGAUUAAUCUUUUCUCAAUUCAACGACCCCGGCGCGCUCGAAAUUUGGACAUAACACUGGAGAGCUGAUCCUCGCGCGUCGCCCAUAAUGUCGGUUAUGCUCACAAAAUUCGAGUCCAAAAGCAAUCGCGUCAAGGGGCUGGCCUUCCAUCCGACACAACCCCUUCUCGCCGCGUCUCUCCAUAAUGGAAGUGUGCAACUGUGGAACUACCGGAUGGGUGUGUUGGUUGACAGAUUCGAGGAGCACGAUGGUCCCGUACGAGCCGUGGCUAUCCACCCCAGCCGAGCACUUCUGGUCACUGGAGGUGACGACUAUAAAAUCAAAGUCUGGGACUUAAAACCUCAAAACAGGCGUUGCUUGUUCACUCUCCACGGCCAUCUUGACUAUGUCCGAACUGUCCAAUUCCAUCAUGAGAUGCCCUGGAUUCUCUCCUGCAGUGACGACCAAACGAUUCGGAUAUGGAACAGCACGUCGCGAAACUGUAUCGCCAUCCUCACUGGACACUCCCACUACGUGAUGUCCGCACAAUUCCAUCCCAAAGAGGACCUCAUUGUAUCCUCGUCCAUGGACCAAACUGUUCGCGUGUGGGACAUCUCCGGACUGCGGAAGAACACGCCGAAUCAGAGCAGUGGCCCUAACAGCAACUUCGAGACCUUCGACACGUUCUCCACGGUGAAGUACGUCCUCGAGGGUCACGAUCGCGGUGUCAACUGGGCGUCAUUCCACCCUACUCUUCCCCUCAUCGUCUCAGCGGCCGACGAUAGGACGAUCAAGAUCUGGCGCAUGAGCGAGACGAAGGCAUGGGAGGUCGACUCAUGUCGCGGUCACUUCAACAACGUCCUGAAUGCGACUUUCCAUCCCAAACACGAAUUGAUCGUUUCUUGCGGAGAGGACAAAACUGUGCGCGUUUGGGAUCUUGCGAAGCGCACUGCUAUCCAGACAUUCCGGAGAGAGCAGGAUCGUUUCUGGGUUCUUGCUGCUCAUCCUCAGUUGAACCUCUUUGCAGCGGGUCAUGACAGUGGUCUCAUUGUAUUCAAGCUGGAGCGCGAGCGGCCCGCCUUCGCUGUGCAUGCCGACUCCCUCUACUAUAUACGUGACAAAUACGUUCGCUCCUACGACUUCAACACCGGUGCAGAUAUUGGCCUCCUCAGUGUUCGCAAAUUCGGCAGUCCCUACGUACCUCCCCGCACUCUGAGCUAUAACCCUGCGGAGCGUGCUGUGAUUGCGACUAUCUCAUCUGACAACGGCCUGUACGAGCUGGCUUCGCUGCCUGCCAAUGCAAGCGGGGACCUUAAGGACUCUUCAUCGGAUGGCAAGCGGGGGUCUGGUAGCAGUGCCAUCUUCGUCGCUAGGAACAGGUUCGCAGCGCUCAACAAGACGAGCCAGCUCAUUGAAGUUCGAGACUUGUCGAACUCCGUUCUCAAGUCAAUCAAGCCUCCUGUCCAGACAAAUGAGAUUUUCUACGGCGGCACGGCGUGCUUGAUUCUCAGCUCGACGACUUCCGUGGUCCUGUAUGAUAUCCAACAACAGAAGACCAUCGCCGAGCUCAACAGCCCACCUGUGAAGUAUGUUGUUUGGAGCGCAGAUGGUCAGAUGGUGGCUCUCAUGAGCAAGCACACUAUUACUAUUGCGAACAAGUCCUUCUCGCAGAACAGCCUUGUCCAUGAAACUAUUCGCAUCAAGUCUGGCGCCUGGGAUGAUGCAGGCGUAUUCAUCUACUCUACGCUCAACCACAUAAAGUACUGUCUUCCUCAGGGUGACCAUGGUGUCAUCUGCACCCUGGACAAUCCCGUUUACCUCACUCGCGUCAAGGGCAAGACUGUGCACUGUCUGGACCGCUCUGCACGUCCACGAACUAUUACCUUCGACCCAACUGAGUAUCGCUUCAAGCUUGCGCUCCUCCGUAACAAUCAUGAGGAGAUGCUGCAUAUUAUUCGGACGUCGACGCUACUCGGCCAGAGCAUCAUCGCAUACCUCCAGCAGAAGGGUUUCCCUGAGAUCGCACUUCACUUCGUCCAGGACAAGAACACGCGUUUCGACCUUGCCAUUGAAUGCGGGAACAUGGACGUUGCGCUUGAGAUGGCGAGGACGAUUGAUAGAUCGGAAUGCUGGGAGAGGCUUGCACAGCAGGCUUUGAAGCAGGGCAACCACAAGAUCGUCGAGAAAGCAUACCAGCAGACUAAGAACUUCGAUCGCCUGUCGUUCUUGUAUCUCGCUACUGGCAGUACCGAGAAGUUAACGAAGAUGCAAAAGAUUGCUGAAGCCCGCGGCGAUCCCAUGUCCAGAUUCCACAACGCUCUCUACGCUGGUGAUGUCCAUGGUCGCAUUUCCGUGCUUCGUGAUGUUGGCCUUUAUCCCCUUGCUUAUCUCACUGCGAAGACCAACGGGUUGGACGAUGUCGCGUCGGAAAUUCUGGAGGCUGCUGGAUUGACCGAAGCCGAUGUGGAUGACGUUCCGUCGUUUGGCCCGUCUACUCUCAAGCCUCCUCCCGUUGUUACCUCGACCACUAAUUUCAACUGGCCAUCCCUCUCUACGGGCGAGAAUUUCUUCGACCGCGCCCUUGCAAACGGCGGCCUCGAGGGCGACGGCGACGUUCCUCAUGUCAAUGGCUUCGACACUGGUGCUGGCGCUUCCAACGCUCUGGAUGACUGGGCGCGAGAGGAGGAGGCGCACGAGGAUGAAAUCGAUGAAGAGGGCUGGGAUCUUGCUGCUGACGACGCACAUGCCGACGUCAAGGACGAGGAGGAAGAGGAGGAGGUUGUCGAGGAAGAAGAGGAGGGUGCUGGUGCAACGCCAGGAGUUAGCGAGACGGAGCUCUGGUCACGAAACUCACCUUUCGCGGGGGAUCAUGUGGCCGCCGGUGCUUUCGAGUCUGCUAUGCAGCUAUUGAACCGUCAGUUCGGUGUCGUGAACUUCGCUCUCCUGAAGCCGUUCUUCCUCUCUGCAUACCGCUCCUCCCAUGCCUACCUCUCUCCUGUCGCGUCGUUGCCUCCUCUCCAGUUGCACCUUCGACGGAACAUCACCGAGACGUCUGCCGGACGUAUACUCCCUGUUGCAACUCGGACGCUAGCGUCGAUACGCGCCGAAAUUGCCGAGGGUUUCUCGCGCUUCCAAUCUGGGAGCAAGCUGCCUGAAGCUAAGGACGUCUUUAAGUCUGUGCUUCAUGGAUUGCUCCUCGUUGUGGUGUCGUCGAACGCAGAGGCUACACAGUGGCGCGAGUAUGUAACCACUGCCCGAGAAUACCUUCUUGGUGUCUCAAUUGAGCUCGAGCGGCGACGCGUGGCCCAAGACCAGCCGGACAAUAUUAAGCGCAGCCUCGAUCUCGCUGCCUACUUCACGCACUGUCAGCUGCAACCACAGCAUAUGCAACUCGCUUUGCGAAGUGCUAUUACUGUGUACGCCAAGGCUAACAACCACGCCUCCGCUGCAAGAUUCGCAAGACGCCUGCUUGAGCUCAACCCCGAUCCCAAGAUUGUUGCACAGGCACGGCAACGCAUCGCAGCGGGCGACCGCAACCCCCGAGAUGCUGUCGAGAUCACGUAUGACGAGUUCACAGAGUUCGAGAUCUGCGCCGCUACGUUCACCCCGAUCUACAAGGGCGCGCCGUCUGUCCAUUGCCCUUACACCGACGCAACAUUCCUGCCCGAGUUGAAGGGCCAGCUGGACCCGCUCACCGAGCUCACCGAGAUCGGAGCCGUUGGGACGGGUUUGCCAGCACCGCUGUAAGGACGGGGUGUAUGCGGUUGUGCGAUGCUUAUAGACGGACGUGGACGUGACGGUACACAGUACUUUGUAAAUGACCCC